GCGCGGAUUAGAGACGCACACAUACACACACACCGCCAUUUCAAAAUGGCGGCUGUUGGCGGUCGUUGAGGGAAUAUUCAGGGAUUUUUUCAUUGUGGUGUUAAUGACAGUUUGAUUUCUGCUUUCUUUAAGUUGGUUUAAGUACAUUUUAAGUUAAUACAGGAAUGUGUCUUUUUGAAAUUGGCAAUAAAAUGAGUUGAAAUCUUCACUGUCAAGAAAAAAACUGAAUAAUUCGUCCACUUCCUACUUUGAAAGCGGAAGUGACUUUGUCCGAAAGUCUAGAUGUGAACUGUUUGAAAACGUUCCUUAUUAUGAGACCCUAACGUUAUUUAACUUCAUAAAUAAACAGCACAUAUUAUCAUUAAUAGAAUCUUCAUCUGAACAUUUUCGUUUGCUCCGUUUUCAAUUUUGAAUUUCAAUAUAUUAUGACAAGAACACAUAGGGUCCUUAAAGCAUAAAAGGAAAUGCGAUAUAUUUGACAAAACACGUGAAAUUAAGAGGGGAAAAUAAAAAAAGCAUUCUACAAACCACUGGAGGUUUUGGAACAGUUUUUUUUUUCAAUUCAUUCAACGGAACAAGAUGACGCCACUGACUAUCUUGGCACUUUUUGGCGCUGCUCUGACUGCUUGUCUUUUUCAAGCUGUCCAGGGUCAGUGCACUUUGCCCGAAGAGUAUUCCGGCACUUGGUAUCACAGGGCCCAGGGAGACGACACGACCAUAACGGUGAGCUCCUCGCCAGGUGUGUGGGACGAACGAGACUGUCACGACAUCAGAAUCCACGCAAGUGAAAACGGGACCGCCGGUCGGACCUCCACCAUCAUGCUUAAGUCGCGAGGGGCAAACUGUUAUAUAUGCACAGACGUCCUUUAUCGGUCAGGGUACAUCCUGCAAGUCCGAACCAGUGGUUGUAAAUCAGACGGAGACAUCAGCAAAUGCCCCGGCAUGACCAAAUUGCCCGGUAUCUAUGAGGUCUACACCAUGUUCAAGGACCAAACCCCAUCGCUCAACUGCAUAGACAGCAUCGAGGGCACCUUCCAGUUCUCUUACGAGAUCGGUGGGGGCGGGGGUGGCAUCUGUAACCACAGUCAGAACGUUCUGGACGCCUGUCAGGUUCCGGGGUCACCCAACUACGACAACCUGGCCUUCUCCAUGUCCUUCAAGAAGUGUCCGGCUCAGCAGAAUAGUUUUAACAGGGACACCAGGUUCCAGUGUCUGGGUAGAUGGGACGCCGUGGUGGGCUCUAAGACGUUUACCUUCAUAGCUCUCACAGACAGCGUGCAGCGUGUGGCUCAGGACAAGUUCAAGUGCCUGAUCACGCUGAGGGACCAGCAUGCCGAGGACAACACCAUACGAUGGGGAAUGAGCCGGUUCGGAGACUGCAGACAGCUCAAGAGUCUGGAAGAUUCGCCCAUCAGGAUCGUGCUCCGGCGGAUCGCUCCCAAGACGGAAUACAUGGUCCCUCGUUGCACCCUGCCCCGCAACUUGACCGGAACCUGGUUCACACAAGGCCUCCAGUUCGCGUCACGAGUGUGGAUCAACGAAACCCACAUCCACUACAGGACACUGAGGAGUAGAUACGAUUACGAGGAGACCUGGUUCUCCUGCCAGGCACAGCUGGACACGCGAUACCUCAUGACCAAAGUGGUCGUCGGACGCUGCGAGAUCAACUUUGUCUGCUUCGAUAUGGCGCCGAGACACCAAGGGAUCGUUCGCUACCGAGUCGGACGACCGCUCAAGCUUCCGAUCCGACAAGGCAACACCGCAACACGCAGCGAAGAUUUCCUCACGAGAACCUUUCGGGAAACGUGCAGCUGGCAGUGGCUGACUCUUACCAGGGAAAACGCGGACUGGAAGUACGAGGUUUUAAUCCAGGACCCCCCGUCCCCUGUGGCGUGCCCGAUAGGUGGACGCUACUACUUCGACCAACGGUCAACGGAUCCGUACCAGCUCUACGGCACACGUAUCCGUGGCGUCACGGUGCGGCCCAGGAAUCAGAUCAAAUGUCUGAACAACGUGUCCGAGAUCAAGUCUUGUGCCACUGACCUGAGUCGGAUAGAAGUGGAUGCUUGGUACUGCGAGACGGUGGACUAUCGAGGGAGGCCCAUUGGCGAGUACGACGAGCCAGACCACAUCCUGACCUGCACGGGCCACUGGAUGGAGGACAUGAAGUCCUAUCUCAUCACCUAUGACGAGGAGGACGCCAUCUCCAGGUUCCGGUGCUGGGUCUACGAACGCAUCAGCUGGACAGAAAUAGCCAUGUCCCGGGCGGAGACCGCGCGCUGCCCCCGUGACCAGCGCGCCAACAGCAACGACAUCGAGGGCGCACGCCUGUACAUGGUUCUCACGGAGCAGGAGAGGCUCUAUGACGACUGCCCGCAGAGAUUCGACGCCGGGGUCACGCCCUCUCACAAGCCGAGGACUCUGUUCCGCCUCUAUGAUGGGUCCGCUGCCUUCAUUGACCCGGAUGUGAAGGUGUUGAUGACGUCAUUGGUGGUGCUUGUGGCGUUCUUUUUCAGAUAAAAGCUGUUUCCACAUAUUCUUUUUUCAGAUAAAAACUGUUUCCACGUAUUCUUUUUUCAGAUAAAAGCUGUUUCCACGUAUUCUUUUUUCAGAUAAAAGCUGUUUCCACGUAUUCUUUUUUCAGAUAAAAGCUGUUUCCACGUAUUCUUUUUUCCAGAUAAAAGCUGUUUCCACGUAUUCUUUUUCCAGAUAAAAGCUGUUUCCACGUAUUCUUUUUCCAGAUAAAAGCUGUUUCCACGUAUUCUUUUUCCAGAUAAAAGCUGUUUCCACGUAUUCUUUUUUUGUUUUAUAGAUAAAAACUGUUUCCACGUAUUCUUUUUAAAAAAUUUUAUAGAUAAAAGCUGUUUCCACGUAUUCUUUUUAAAAAAUUUUAUAGAUAAAAGCUGUUUCCACGUAUUCUUUUUUAAAAA